AUGUCUAAUCAAUAUAAUUCGCCAACGAAGACGGAUGAUGAGUCAGAUGAAAUGGCUCGGUCGACUAGUGCGGUUCGUUUUCAAAUAGAAAAGGUUUCUGAUGAUGAUCAAAAUUCACAAAAAUUAUUAUGUGAUACAACAAUUCUUCCAACGAAUUUUUCAUCGUCAAGUCCAAGUGUAUCAAAAAAAAGAGUUUUACUUGGAGAUGAUGCCUGCGCACAUAAUAGCACUAUAUCAGAUAUAAAUCAAACAAUUGUCAUUAAUAAUACAAAUCAAGAAACAUACACUUACGAUACCAUAGAUACAUUACCGCAUAUUGAUCAUUAUAGAAAUUUAUUUUCAUUGACAUUAUCUGAACCGAAAACUCGACCGACACUUGAAGAAUUACAUGGAACUGCUAGUAUUCCAUCAAAAUAUAAACUAGCAUCAACUAUUGAUUUAAAUGGUGAAAUGCUUAGUUCAGUAGCAAUACCCAACGAGUCGCCAGCACAAACUGAAGUAAAACAAAAAAUUGAUAUUGUUAAAUUUGGAUGGAUUAUCGGAGUUCUUGUUCGUUGUGUACUGAAUAUAUUUGGUGUUAUGCUAUUUCUUCGACUAUCUUGGGUUACAGGUCAAGCUGGAAUAGGUUUAGCAUGUGUCAUUGUAUUGAUUUCAACGGUAGUGACUGUUGUAACAUCUUUAUCAAUGAGUGCUAUUUGUACUAAUGGCGAAGUUAAAGGUGGUGGAACGUAUUAUCUUAUUUCUCGUAGUCUUGGACCAGAGUUCGGUGGUGCUAUUGGUUUGAUUUUUUCAUUCGUUAAUGCAGUUGCUGCAGCUAUGUAUACAAUCGGUUUUGCUGAGACAGUUCGUGAUAUUCUUAAAGAACAUGGUGUUAAAAUAUUCGGAACUGUUGUAGACGGAGAGUCUGUCAAUGUUGUAAGAAUCAUCGGCUUCAUUACAAUGACAAUUAUUUUGGGUAUUGCUCUCAUUGGCAUGCGUGGUGAAACUAUUGUACAAAUAGUAUUGCUUGUUACAUUGUCUGCAUCAUUGUUGGACUUCUUUAUUGGAUCUUUAUUACCAACUACACCUUAUAAACGACGACAUGGUUUUGAAGGCUAUUCAUGGAAGGUGAUUAAAGAAAAUUUUGGACCAAGAUUUCAAAAUGGUGAAACAUUUCAAAGUGUCUUUGGUGUUUUUUUUCCAUCUGUAACGGGAAUUCUUGCUGGUGCAAAUAUUUCCGGAAAUUUAAAAAAUCCAUCGAAAGCUAUACCACUAGGUACAAACACCGCCAUAGCAAUUACCACAUCUGUUUAUCUUGCUUUUUGUAUUAUAUCGGGUUGUACAACUUACCGUGACGUUACUUUGGAUUUUUAUGAACGUCGAAAUGAAAGUGUAAUACAAAUCGUUAAUUGCUCAUUACAUAUGGAUGAUAGAAACUGUAAAUCAGGCUUAAUUUACAACUAUCAAACAAUGACAAUGAUAUCUGCAUUCGGUCCGAUUAUAACAGCUGGGAUAUUUGCUGCAACACUAUCAAGUGCUUUAGCAAGUCUUGUGAGUGCACCAAAAAUCUUUCAAGCUGUCUGUCGUGACAUGAUAUUUCCUCGUUUGAAAUAUUUUUCUGUUGGUAAUGGAAAAUCAGAUGAACCAAUACGAGCUUAUUUCCUCACAUAUUUUGUUGCUGUUGCAUUUACUGCUAUCGGCGAAUUAAAUAGAAUUGCACCAAUAAUUUCAAAUUUCUUUCUUAUGACUUAUGCAUUAGUUAACUAUGCAUGUUUCGAUGCAUCAUUAGCAAAAGCGAGUGGAUGGAGACCAGCUUUUCGCUAUUUUAAUAAAUGGUUAGCAUUAGUUGGAGCAUUACUUUGUGUUGGAGUGAUGUUUAUUAUUAAUUGGUGGGCAGCUUUAACAACAUUUGUUGUUAGUAGUGGUAUAUUUCUCUAUGUACGAACAACAAAACCAGAAAUUAAUUGGGGUUCAUCUGUUCAAGCUCAUACCUAUCGACGAGCACUUGAUGCAACGCAUAAAUUAGAUACUAUACAAGAGCACGUGAAGAAUUUUCGACCGCAAAUGUUAGUUUUAACUGGAAAUCCAAUGUAUCGUCCAGCACUAGUUGAUUUUUGUUCAUUAGUUACUCAUGGUCAUAGUUUAAUGAUUUGUGGUAAUGUUAGUUUGAAUGAUCCAACAGUCAAUAUUCAAUUCGAUCAAAAAGAUGAAGGUGAAACGUGGUUAAAAAAACGUGCAGCAAAAGCAUUUUAUCAGCCAAUUGUUGCGCCGACCGUUCGACAAGGAGCAAUAGCAUUAUUGCAAUGUGUUGGUGUAGGUAAAAUACGCCCGAAUGUAGUUGUUUUUGGUUUUAAAAAUGAUUGGCUGAUUAAAGCAGAUGUAGCUAUCGAUUAUUUUAAUAUAAUUCAUGAUGCGCUCCAUCUUAAAUAUGGCAUUGGAAUUUUAAGACUACAAUCCGGACUCGAUUUUAGUGACUUUUUCGGACCAGAUUUGCCUGAUGAUGAUGAUGAUGACGAUGAUGAAGCAGAUGCCGUAUCCUUCGGCUUUAGCCCAGUACGUACAUCAAAGUCUCCAGCUAAUAACAAUGGACGACGUCCAACCGAUGUUUUAACACUAAAAAAUACGAUUAUUAACGAAGGUGCUUUAUUAACCAUGAAUAUUUUUCAACCGAAGCAUGAUUCAUCAUCUAUUAUCGAUGUUUGGUGGCUAUUUGAUGAUGGCGGUUUAACACUCCUAUUACCCUAUUUAUUACGGCGUCGAAAACGUUGGCGUAAUAGUCAAUUUCGAAUCUUUUCAUGUGUGCCAGGUGAAAAAGGUGACGCUGAACGUCAAUAUGUUGCAAUGGUAUCAUUGUUAUCUAAAUUUCGAAUUAAAUAUACUGAUCUACAUGUUUUACAUGGUCUUAAUAAACAGCCCAAUGAGAAUGAAACACAAAAAUUCGAACAACUCUUACAAGCAUGGCAUCAAAAUAAUGAAAAUACAACGAUAGCCGAUGAUUCAUGGAGAAUCACAGAUACAGAAUUAGAAGUUAAUAAAGAAAAAAUUAAGCGAGGUCUUAAUUUACAUGAAUAUUUAGUAGAAUAUAGUUCACAAUCAUCAUUAAUUAUUGUUACAUUACCAAUUCCACGAAAACAGUCAAUAUCAGCUGGUCUUUAUCUUGCAUACUUAGAAGCGAUCAGCUACAAUUUACCUCCAUUAUUAUUCUUACGUGGCAAUCAAAAAAAUGUUCUUACAUAUUAUUCGUAA